UUUUCAAGGGUGUAAUUUAGGUCAGAACCUCUCCCUGCUGAGCUUAUCUCUCGCUCACAAUCUCUGAACCCUUCUCCACCACGUGAUCUACGCCCCGGGAACAAACGCUUGGUCGACUGCUUUCUUCUCUUUCAUGGCUUCUUCUACUAUUUCCUCCAACUCUACUACUUUCAUCAAGAAAGAUGUGGGUCUCUCUGCAUUUUCAUCAUCGCCAUCAUCAUUUUCCGUCCCGAAAACCAAGAGAAGGAAUUCCCGGAAAAUUGUUUCAGUUAUGGCACCCCAACAAUCGCCACGAUCUCCUUCCACCACUGGCUCAGUCAAGACUGCAAUGACCAUGACUGAAAAGAUUUUAGCCAGGGCUUCUCAGAAACCCCAGCUGAGCCCAGGUGAGAAUGUUUGGGUAGAUGUUGAUAUCUUGAUGACCCAUGAUGUCUGUGGCCCAGGUUCUUUUGGAAUCUUCAAGAAAGAGUUUGGCCAGAAUGCCAAGGUUUGGGACCGUGAAAAGAUUGUUAUAAUACCUGACCACUACAUCUUCACAAAUGAUGAGCGGGCAAAUCGUAAUGUUGAUAUAUUGAGGGAUUUUUGCACGGAGCAAAAUAUCAAGUACUUCUAUGAUAUAAAAGAUCUUGGUAAUUUCAAGGUUAACCCAGAUUAUAAAGGUGUAUGCCAUGUUGCUCUUGCCCAAGAAGGUCAUUGCAGGCCUGGAGAGGUCCUGCUGGGUACUGACUCCCACACAUGUACUGCUGGGGCAUUUGGCCAGUUUGCUACUGGAAUAGGUAACACCGAUGCUGGUUUUGUAUUGGGCACUGGAAAGAUCCUGCUCAAGGUGCCUCCCACAUUGAGAUUUGUUAUGGAUGGAGAAAUGCCUGAUUACUUGCUCGCAAAGGAUUUGAUUUUGCAGAUUAUUGGUGAAAUAUCAGUUUCUGGGGCAACAUAUAAAUCCAUGGAAUUUGUUGGCAGUACUGUUGAAAGUCUGACUAUGGAAGAAAGGAUGACAUUAUGCAACAUGGUUGUUGAAGCUGGAGGAAAGAAUGGUGUUGUUCCUGCUGAUAGUACUACACAUAAGUACCUUGAGGAUAAGACAGAUGUUCCAUAUGAACCGGUUUAUAGCGAUGAGCAAGCCAGAUUUCUUUCCGAGUAUAGAUUUGAUGUCUCAAAACUGGAACCGCUGGUGGCAAAGCCUCAUUCACCUGAUAAUCGUGCUUUGGCAAGAGAAUGCAAAGAUGUGAAAAUUGACAGGGUAUAUAUUGGAUCUUGCACUGGUGGAAAAACUGAGGAUUUUCUAGCUGCAGCCAAAGUUUUUCAUGCUUCCGGAAAGAAGGUCAAAGUUCCCACAUUCCUUGUCCCUGCAACCCAAAAGGUCUGGAUGGAUGUAUAUAGUCUCCCAGUACCAGGAUGUGGUGGCAAGACUUGCUCCCAGAUAUUUGAGGAAGCUGGUUGUGAUACACCUGCAAGUCCUAGUUGUGGUGCUUGUUUGGGUGGCCCUAGAGACACAUAUGCACGCAUGAACGAACCUCAGGUAUGCGUCUCUACAACAAAUAGGAACUUCCCUGGGCGAAUGGGGCACAAAGAAGGCCAGAUAUAUCUAGCUUCUCCUUACACAGCAGCAGCAUCUGCUUUGACUGGUUUUGUCACUGAUCCCAGAGAGUUCUUGCAGUAGACCACCACACCAUUACUUUAUAAUCUGCGAUUAGUUAGUAACUAGACAUACCAUGUUUACUAUCACCCCCUCUGCCAUUCUGGAUUAAAUUAAUGACCAAAGUAGUGUUGGUUUAAUAAUUUGAGGUGGCUUCUGUUCCAAUGGCUCAUGUUUGGUAUCUAGUACCUGUUGAGAUAUCACUUAUGAUGAGUUUGGUAUGUGGGAUUAGGCAAUGAGAAUUGGAAAUGUGUUUCAUUUUUUCUUCAUUACUGUAUUUGGAUUACUUAUUAGAAUAGGAAUAUGAAAUAAAUAUCAUUAUCAUGAAAA